AUGGUGCUGGAGCUGCCCAAGCGAUGGGGGAAGAACUCCGAGUUUGAGGGUGGGAAAUCCACUGUCAACUGUAGCACUGUUCCCAUUGCAGAGAGGUUCUUCACCAGCUCAACCUCCCUGACUCUGAAGCAUGCAGCUUGGUAUCCCUGUGAGACCUUGGAGCCCCACAUUGUGCUCCUGACUUCAGAUAACACUAUACGGUUCUACAGUCUGAAGGUGCCUCAGACACCCAUCAAAGUGAUUUCUCUUUCGGACACUGAGGAGGAGACUCUGACAAUCAAAAAAGGGAGAGCCUACACAGCAUCCCUGGGAGAGAUUGCUGUGGCCUUUGACUUCGGCCCACAGGUGCCUGUCCCAGAGCAUAUCCUGGGCCAGCGAGGGAGGGAGGAGGUGCUGGGCUACCCCCUGUACAUCCUCUAUGAGAAUGGAGAGACAUUCCUCACCUACAUCAGCCUGCUGCAGAGUGCUGGAAGCCUUGGGAAGCUGCUGGGCCCUCUGCCCAUGCAUCCAGCAGCAGAGGAUAACUACGGCUACGACGCCUGUGCCAUCCUGUGCCUGCCCUGUAUCCCAAACAUCCUGGUGAUUGCCACCGAGUCGGGAAUGCUGUACCACUGCGUGGUGCUGGAUGGAGAAGAGGAUGAUGAGCAGUCAGAAAAGUCCUGGGACCCAAGAUCUGAUCUUACUCCUUCCCUGUACGUGUUUGAAUGUGUUGAGCUGGAACUUGCACUGAAACUGGCAUCAGGAGAUGAGGAAGAUCCUUUGGAGUCUGAUUUCUCUUGCCCUAUCAAACUGCACCGAGAUCCGAAGUGUCCCUCCAGGUACCACUGCACGCACGAAGCUGGUGUCCACAGUGUGGGCUUGACAUGGAUCAGCAAACUGCACAAAUUCCUUGCCUCAGACGAAGAAGACAAAGACAGUUUACAGGAGUUGGGAGCAGAACAGAAGUGCUUUGUUGAACACAUCCUUUGUACAAAACCAUUACCAUGCAGGCAGCCUGCUCCAAUUAGAGGAUUCUGGAUCGUUUCUGACAUCCUGGGGCCCACCAUGAUCUGCAUCACCAACACCUAUGAGUGUAUUACAAGGCCUCUCUUGGAGGACACAGACCUGACUGACUCCCCUCUGCGCAUCGUGGCCGAGUCGGAGCAUUCCUUCGAGAAACACAUCCAGAGCAUCCUGCAGCGCAGUGCUGCCAAUCCCCUGCACCUCAAGGCUGGGGAUAAAGAUGCUGCUCCUCCCCCUGAAGAAUGCCUUCAGCUCCUCAGCAGAGCCACCCAGGUGUUCAGAGAGGAAUAUAUACUGAAACAGGACCUGGCAAAAGAGGAAAUUCAGCAAAGAGUGAAGCUGCUGUGGGGACAGAAAAAGAAACAACUGGAAGAUUUGAAUUACUGUCGAGAGGAAAGGAAGAGCUUGCGGGAGAUGGCUGAGCGCCUGGCUGACAAGUAUGAAGAAGCCAAAGAGAAGCAAGAAGACAUCAUGAACAGGAUGAAGAAAGUCCUUCGGAGUUUCUACUCUCAACUUCCUGUUCUAUCAGACACUGAAAAAGAUAUGAAGAAGGAACUGCAGACAAUACAUGAUCAGUUGCAGCACCUGAGCAAUGCUAUCAGACAGGUUAAGAUGAAAAAGGAAUACCAGCAGAAAAAGAUGGAGAUGGGUCGGAGCCCUCGAACACCAAGCAUCAGCCUCAGUGCCUACCAGACCAAGUGCAUCCAGACUGUCCUGAAGGAGGAGGGAGAACACAUAAGGGAGAUGGUGAAACAAAUCAAUGACAUCAGGAACCACGUGAACUUCUAACGGUGAGGACUCUGCACCCAAGGGCUGGAGGAGCUCUGACUGUCCCUGGGCUUGCCCCUUGUAUAUAUAGCAUUUGUAUGUUGAACAAUACACCUUUGACUUAUUAUUUUCUAAAGAACUGUGAAAUAAAAUACUUUUGAUAGGACUCCUUA